AUGACUAUUGAUGGGAGCCAUAGGAAUAGUGACGAGCUUGACGAUGAAAGUCUCAACACGGGGUUAGACAAGGUAUAUCAAAACUAUAUGAUGCCUGGCUUGGAGCUGUACGACGCCAAGAUAUCGAUCAACCACUGGCAACUGCGAGACUGCUUGCGAUCUUCGUCGAAGCAGCCAGGAAAGUUGCUUUACAUCUUUGAUCACUCGGUGAGAAUGCUGGAUACGGGGCAAGCGAGCACGAUGGAGUAUUACAGACAUAGGAAGCAGGUGAAAUCUCGCAGGAAUAGCGUUAGUAACGCGAGGAAGAGCACGGGAUCCCGACUUCGAAGUUCCCAUAACGUUCCGUCUCAGAAAUUGGUCGAAUUCAACUUUAAACCUCGCAGUUUCACGGAAUCGCAGGGAUUGAUUGCAUGUGGUGGUCUUAUUGGACCAGACGAUAAGGGUUUUCCCACUAAUUGGUCGCGGAUCGCUCACGAAGUAAAUAACGGAUCGCCGAUACCGCCGCCCGCGGAGCCCGUGAAGCUUGCUAACAGAAACGUGUUAGCGGAUCACAGCAAUUACAGUAAUCCCAGCAUAUGGAAAGGUAUCCUGUCGCUUCAUAAUACCGAGACUGGUGCUUCUUCAUCUCACACAAUGGGGCAAUUCAUUAAUAAUUGCGUUACUUUGAGUCCGAGGUCAACACAGGAGUAUGAUUUAUACUCCUGCAACAAUGACGGGCAUCUUUACCAGUGCAAUGUUAACAACAGAGGGGUGGAGCUGGUGCGCAGGUACUCGGAUUUGAAAUUUGCUUUGAAUAAUGCGGCUAUCUCUCAUGAUGGUAAAACCUUAAUAGCCUCAGGCGAUUCUAACAAAUUUGCCAUUUAUAGACAAAAUGAGCUUGCCGGUCAGUUCUUUUUGUCCUAUGACAAUCAGGCGGAUUGGGGAAGCUCUAUCUCCAGAGCCAAACGUAUUCCCAGAUUUGCAUUGCCAGACGGUUCCGGAUAUGUUGACCAUAUCUACGAAGCCCCAGGAGGUGAUCACGGAUUCUAUAGUAGUUUCUCUGAAAACGAUCUUCAAUUUGCAACUUUGUUCCAAAAUGGUGUUUGCUUAAUUUAUGAUGUUAGGAAUAUGGGAAUGCCCCUCGCUGAAAUAUCAUCUACAAGGCCACACUCUCAUAAUGGUGCAUUUAGGGUGUGUAAGUUUAGCUACGGUUUGGAUGACCUGCUUUUCAUUUCGGAACAUCAGGGCAGGGUGCACGUUGUCGAUACCAGGAAUUUCAUGAAUCACCAGGUCAUUCUAAUUCCAGAUAAGUUGAAAACAGAGACAGAGAUAUCCAGUAACACGGGCGAUAUUUUAGCUGAUCUGAGAAGAAGGAACGCCCCGAUGGUUUCUGGCUUGUCACCAUUAUCCUCAUCUUCUUCACUGUCGACAUACGGAAGCACUAGCAGAAGACGUCAUUCUUUGCCUACAUCUCCUAAUCCGGCCGUUGAACCUUGGCUCACUACGGCAAAUAGUGUACCGCUCAAAUAUUUGGAGCCUCAAGUCGUCCCAUACCCAAGGGCUUUUAACAAGCUUUCGAAUAAUUUCAGCGUUCCUCAGCCAUGGGAUUCUGACGAAAAAGAAGUCGAAAAUGUGGAUGUUAGCCGUGGUGUGAGACGGAGAUCGUCAUUUAGAGUGAGGAGAUUUUCUACUUCCUCGAACAUUUCUGAAAAUGCGGAAGGUAUUGAUCCGGCAAUCCUGGGCAACUCGAUACCUGAGCAACAACAUUAUCAAGCAGUGGAUAAUUAUAAUUAUCCUGAACAGCGUACUGGCAUUUUUGCAAGUGCUACAAGAGACAGAGCUUCUUCGAGCAACUCUGUUGAUGAAGAUGAUAUUUACGAUGCCUACGCUGAUGUAAACUCCCGGGAUUCAACGUAUCCCAUAAGUGGAAGAUAUGGUCAUACAUUGAGAGCUUUUUCGAUAAAUUCCACUUCAAACUAUUACGCUUCCGAUUCAACAGAGGAGAAUAACAUUUCUGGUAUUGAUUGGGUCGAAGACUGCAACGGAUGCUCGCUAGUUAUCGGAACAGAUUAUGGAAUCAUGAAAUGGAACAUCAAUUCCUGGGCGAGGAGAAGUUUUUCAAGCUAUGAUUUCUGUUAG